AGGAUGCCUCACGUUUGCUCGCGACCCUCCCUCAAGAGUCUGGCCGCUGUGUUCUUAGUGUGGCGCUGAGAUUUUGUCCAGUGCAUUGAAGGGGUUUCUGCUGCUGCUGCUGCUUUUAUUUAUUUGUUUUCCUUCUCUGGACGGGGCCUCGCCCACCUCCUGCUGACAUGAUGGCCCAGUCGAAGGCCAACGGCUCGCACUACGCACUGACCGCCAUCGGCCUGGGGAUGCUGGUCCUGGGCAUCAUCAUGGCCAUGUGGAACCUGGUACCUGGGUUCAGCGCCGCGGAAAAGCCGACGGCUCAGGGCAACAAGACCGAGGUCGGCAGCGGCAUUCUCAAGAGCAAGACCUUCUCGGUGGCCUACGUGCUGGUGGGGGCUGGAGUGAUGCUGCUGCUGCUGUCCAUCUGCCUGAGCAUCAGGGACAAGAGGAAGCAGCGGCGAGGCGAGGAGAUGGCGCACAGCCCGCAGCCGACGGGGGCCGGGCCGCACACCCAGGAAGAGGACAGCCAGGAGGAGGAGGAGGAGGCCGCCUCAAGGUACUACGUCCCCAGCUACGAGGAAGUGAUGAGCACAAACUACUCAGAAGCGAGGGUGGUGGACCAGAACCCGCGGCUGAGCAUCUCUCUCCCCUCCUACGAGUCGUUGACGGGGCUGGACGAGACGACCCCCACCAGGGCUGACCUGGAGACCAGCCCGGGGAAUCCGCCUGACAGGCAGAACUCUAAGCUGGCCAAACGCCUAAAACCACUGAAAGUUCGAAGGAUUAAAUCCGAAAAGCUUCACCUCAAAGACUUUAGGAUCAACCUCCCGGACAAAAACAUCCCCCCUCCUUCCAUUGAGCCUUUGACACCUCCGCCACAGUACGAUGACGUCCAGAAGGCCCCCGACACCCGGCCACCUGACUGAAUGGUCCCUCUCGAGCCAUGUUCCCUCCCGUGUCUCUCACCCUCCGCACCAACAGACCAUAAGAAAGCCCUUCAGCCACGGCUGAGCGGAGGGGCCAGCGAUGCAC